AUGAUUCGUGCUUGUCUGAUUGAUUUCGGUAGCCAUUGGGACCAGUUUUUACCAUUGGGGGAGUUCUCUUAUAAUAAUAGUUAUUAUUCGAGUAUUGAUAUUGCUUCGUUUGAGGCACUUUAUGGGAGAAAGUGUAGAUCACCUAUUGGGUGGUUUGAUACGUUCGAGGUAAAACCGUGGGGUACUGUUAUGUUGAGAGAGUCUCUAGAUAAGGUCAAGAUGAUCCAAGAAAAUCUCUUAGUAGCUCAAAGUAGGCAAAACAAGUAUGCGGAAAGGUAUGAUGGUGAUAGAUCCUAUAUCAUUCGUUGGAAUUCAGUUCAGUUGGAUAAGAAUUUAUCCUAUGAGGAAGAGCUUGUUGCUAUAUUAGAUAGUGAGGUGUGUAAGUUGAGGUCGAAAGAAGUCGUGACAGUUAAGGUCCAGUGGAAGAAUCGUCCUGUUGAGGAAGCCACUUGGGAGACCGAGUCAGAUAUGCGUAAUAAGUAUCCCCAUCUUUUCACUAAGUCAGGUACCUUUUCCUUUGUUUCCUUCGUUUCCUUCCCUCUUGUCCGUUCAGGGAUGAACGGUUGUUCAAUUAGUAUCUGA